AUGGUGCAUAUGGAGUACAGCAGAGCACCUCUAAAUCCUCGGAGGUUAGGACAUUUAGGAAGUGAAAGUUGUUCCCUAAAGCUGGAGUUGAAAAGACGCAGUGGGGAAGCACAUGGACAAGGGUCAUUUAACUUCCUGACCUCCAGCCUGGAGCUUCCUAAGAGAUGCAAAUUGGCCGCUUCUGGAAAACAACGCUCACAAAAGCCUGGGCAGCACAUUCAGCCUACCUGGGAGGUUCAGGCCCACAGAGCAGGAGGCAGAGGCGAUAACAAAUCCUCAGUUUUACCAUUUCAACAGAAGACAGGGGCUAUGGACCAGAACCAAAUUAAGUCACUUUCACACUUUCCCAUGGAUUUUCCUGCGUAUUGUCACCAGUCUGUUCCGUGGCGAUUGGCUAUACAACUUACUUUAAAAAAUAAAAAUAAAGGCCUGAUUCAAAAACUUUGUGACAGAGUAGCUUCAUCUACUUUAUUGGAUGACCGAAGAAAUGCUGUGCGUGCUCUCAAGUCAUUAUCUAAGAAAUAUCGCCUGGAAGUGGGUAUUCAAGCUAUGGAACAUCUUAUCCAUGUUUUACAAACAGACCGUUCGGAUUCUGAAAUAAUAGGAUAUGCUUUGGAAACACUAUGUAAUAUAAUAUCUAAUGAUGAAGAGGAAGAAGUAGAUGAUGUUGAAGAAGAAAAUUCCACGAGACAGAGUGAGGAUUUGGGAAGCCAGUUUACAGAAAUUUUCAUUAAACAACAAGAAAAUGUCACUCUCCUGUUGUCUUUAUUGGAGGAGUUUGAUUUCCAUGUCCGCUGGCCUGGUGUGAAGCUUCUUACUUCUCUUUUAAAACAACUAGGACCUCAGGUGCAACACAUUAUUUUAGUCAGUCCCAUGGGUGUUUCAAGACUGAUGGACUUACUAGCGGAUUCCAGGGAAGUUAUACGAAAUGAUGGUGUCUUACUACUGCAGGCACUAACAAGAAGCAAUGGAGCAAUCCAGAAAAUUGUUGCUUUUGAAAAUGCUUUUGAGAGACUGCUGGACAUUAUUACGGAGGAGGGGAACAGUGAUGGAGGUAUAGUGGUUGAAGAUUGCUUGAUUUUGCUCCAAAAUUUGUUAAAAAACAACAAUUCCAAUCAAAAUUUUUUUAAAGAAGGCUCAUAUAUUCAACGUAUGAAACCUUGGUUUGAAGUUGGAGAUGAAAAUUCCGGCUGGUCUGCCCAGAAAGUGACCAAUCUACACCUAAUGCUCCAGCUUGUUCGCGUACUGGUAUCCCCCACUAAUCCUCCUGGUGCAACCAGUAGCUGCCAGAAGGCCAUGUUCCAGUGCGGGUUACUGCAGCAGCUCUGCACUAUCCUGAUGGCCACCGGAGUUCCUGCUGCUAUCCUGACUGAGACCAUAAAUACUGUAUCAGAAGUUAUUCGGGGCUGUCAAGUAAAUCAAGACUACUUUGCUUCUGUAAAUGCACCUUCAAACCCACCAAGACCGGCAAUUGUAGUACUUCUCAUGUCCAUGGUUAAUGAGAGGCAGCCAUUUGUAUUGCGCUGUGCUGUUCUCUAUUGUUUCCAGUGCUUCUUAUAUAAAAACCAAAAAGGCCAAGGAGAAAUUGUGUCAACACUGCUGCCUUCCACCAUUGAUGCAACAGGUAAUUCAGUCUCCGCUGGUCAGUUAUUAUGUGGAGGUUUGUUUUCUACUGACUCACUUUCCAACUGGUGUGCUGCUGUGGCCCUUGCCCAUGCUUUGCAAGAAAAUGCUACCCAGAAAGAACAGUUGCUCAGGGUUCAGCUCGCUACAAGUAUCGGCAACCCUCCAGUUUCUUUACUACAACAGUGCACCAACAUCCUUUCACAGGGUGAUAAGAUCGACAGACGGGGAAGCAAAAUACAGACAAGAGUUGGAUUAUUAAUGUUGCUUUGUACCUGGCUGAGCAACUGUCCCAUUGCAGUAACACAUUUUCUUCACAAUUCAGCUAAUGUCCCAUUCCUUACAGGCCAAAUUGCAGAAAACCUUGGGGAGGAAGAGCAGCUGGUGCAGGGCUUAUGCGCCCUUCUGUUGGGCAUUUCGAUCUACUUCAACGACAACUCACUUGAGACCUACAUGAAAGAGAAACUAAAACAACUAAUCGAGAAGAGGAUUGGAAAAGAGAAUUUUAUAGAGAAGCUAGGAUUUAUUAGCAAACACGAGUUAUAUUCCAGAGCAUCCCAGAAACCCCAACCAAACUUUCCCAGUCCAGAAUACAUGAUAUUUGAUCAUGAGUUUACAAAGCUGGUAAAAGAACUUGAAGGUGUUAUAACUAAGGCUAUUUAUAAAUCCAGUGAAGAGGAUGAAAAAGAAGAAGAGGUGAAGAAAACAUUAGAACAGCAUGACAGUAUUGUGUCUCACUACAAAAAUAUGAUUCGUGAGCAAGAUCUACAACUCGAGGAAUUAAGGCAACAAGUUUCCACAUUAAAAUGUCAAAACGAACAGCUCCAGACAGCAGUCACACAGCAGAUGUCUCAGAUUCAGCAGCAAAAGGAUCAAUACAACCUUCUUAAAGUCCAGCUAGGAAAAGAGAGCCAGCACCAGGGUUCCUGUAGCGAAGGGACGCACGUGAACGGCAUUCAGCCAGAAGAAAUCGGUAGGUUACGAGAAGAGAUAGACGAAUUAAAAAGUAAUCAAGAACUUUUGCAAAGCCAGUUGGCUGAAAAGGACUCUGUAAUUGAAAAUUUGAGAUCGUCCCAAAUAUCUGGCAUAGAUGAACAGUCUUCAGCCGCAGCUUCAGCCAGAGAUUCUGAACAAAUUGCAGAGUUAAAACAGGAACUGGCAGUGUUAAAGUCUCAGUUAAACUCUCAAUCUGUGGAGAUCACCAGGCUACAGACAGAGAAGCAGGAGCUAUUGCAGAAAACAGAAGCACUUGCAAAAUCAGUUCCUAUACAAGGAGAAAAUGAGACUGUAACAGCCACUAAAACUACUGACGUAGAAGGAAGACUAUCAGCGUUAUUACAGGAGACGAAGGAAUUAAAGAAUGAAAUUAAAGCUCUGUCUGAAGAAAGAACUGCCAUUAAAGAGCAGCUAGAUUCAUCUAACAGUACCAUUGCCAUUUUACAAAAUGAGAAAAACAAACUAGAGUUGGAUAUUACAGAUUCCAAAAAAGAACAAGAUGAUCUCUUGGUGCUGUUGGCCGACCAAGAUCAGAAAAUACUGUUAUUGAAGAAUAAGCUCAAAGAUCUUGGUCAUCCGGUUGAAGAGGAGGAUGAGCUUGAAUCUGGAGACCAAGAAGAUGAGGAUGAUGAAAAUGAAGACAGUGGCAAGGACCAGGAUCAUAUCUAGCUUUAGAGUCCCUAGGAAUGAUAGAUUAUAUUGUUACUUUGAAGAUGGAAUCUUAAGACAGUGCUUUGGUUUGCCUCCACAGAAAAUAAAGAUUUAGAAACCACAUGGAAAGCAUUUACUAGUAAGACUAUUGUUAUACUUUUUAAAUGUUGCCACCCAUGUUGAGAACCCUAAAACUUCCAUGUUAUUUGGAACACGCAUCUUUUUCUUAAAUUCAUCUGAACGGUCCCGAACUGUACUUUGCAAAGAGCUUCAGACGCCAAAACUAUACCAUGUUAAGGCAUGUGGUGGCAAUGCUGUUCACCUUGGUUUAUUGGUUGUUUACUUUUCAGGAUUUGUUACUUUUAAGUACUAACACAUUUGAUUUAAUGUGUAUUGAAUUGGAAUCAUUGUUUCUAAAUUCGGCAUCUGAAUUCUUUGCCUAUGAUUUCCUUUUAAAGUCAGUUUACUUAGAGGCCUGAUGGCCUAGUCGGGGAAGACGCCCAGCCCUCUCUCCAGUAUGACUCCCCAGAUGAGCAGGGCAGGACAGUUUGGAGUGAGAGAGUGCCUUGACCCCGGACACAGCCGCAUUCAGUACCUCGUGCCGUGACAGGACCCGGACAGUGCGAGGAGGGCAGUUCUGAGAAACAUUUGCAACGGUGUAUUCAUAUGAUGGGUUUUCUUUUUAUUUUAAGCUAAACAUCUAAAACAUUAUAAAUUAACAGCUCAUACAACUCA